AUGUUAUUUUUAUUAUUCAUAUUUUUAUCUAUUUUCCGCAUUUCGUCACAACAAUUCACAACAAAUGAUGAUGAUGAUUUGACGCCGCCGCCCAAUAUAAUAACAUACAAAACAUCAGAAGUCCCAGUUCUAAGGACAGAUUUUUUCACAAACAGCCUACCAGAAAUUCAAACAACAUUAUCUGCGCCAAGACUAACACCCGAAUUCGCCCCCGGGUUUCCCCCAUUAACACCAUUAUGGGAUGUUCCCUCAAUGCUUCCCACCUUACCAACUCCGCCGCCAUUCACAUUUCCAACAUUUCCAACACUUCCGACGAUUCCACCGCCAACCAUUAAACCAGUGAAUAUUACAAUUGAUCCAGAAGCAAUUAUGGAUGUGGUGAGUUAUUGUUUGGCAUAUAAAUAUAACUAAUUGAAUUGCAUUUUAGCCGGAAAUAAUCGCUCAUUGGGGAUAUCCAGUUGAAACUCAUAAAGUCGUCACACCUGAUGGUUAUAUUUUAACAUUACAUCGGAUACCACACGGAAUAAGUGAGUUAUAGGCUGAAAAUAAAAUCAGAAAUGAAAUAUAUAAUUAAAAAUGUAUUUAUGAAAUCGCGUGGGUCAAGCAAAAAAAGAAAAAAAAUUAAAAAUAUUUUUUUUUGAAAAAAGAAAAACGCGGGUAAGGUGUUUGCGCUGGAGCAGACUUUCUCACCUACCCUUUUUUGAAUAAUUUUUUUAUUUUUUUUUCCAGACAAGACGUCUUCAACUCGAACAAAAAAACCAGUAGUUUUUCUCCAACACGGUCUUCUUUGCACAUCAUCCAUCUGGUUAUUGAAUCUUCCUCAUCAAUCGGCUGGUUAUAUUUUUGCCGAUCAAGGUUACGAUGUCUGGUUGGGCAAUAUGCGCGGAAACACUUAUUCAAAAUCGCACCUUCGAAUGAAUUCAAUGGAUCCGAAAUUCUGGAAAUUUAGCUGGGAAGAAAUGGCAAGAUACGAUUUGGAAAGUAUGGUUGAUUAUGUAUUGAAGUCAACAAAACAAGAACAAUUGUAUUAUAUUGGACAUUCACAAGGAGCAUUGACAAUGUUCGCAAAAAUGAGUCAAGAUGGACAAUUUUCUCGUAAAAUUCGCAAAUUUUUCGCAAUGGCACCAGUCGCCAGAAUGUCUCAUGUUAAAGGAUUAUUCCAUGAUUUGGGAGAGAUUUACGACCAGUACAAUGUGAGAACAAAUAACAAAAAUCGAACAAAUAUUGUAUUUUUUCUAGAUGGUAUAUCAGGUUUUCGGAGAUGGCGAAUUUUUGACAAAUAACAUCUUCACCAAGCUUAUGACUGAUAUUUUGUGCGAUCAAGCGAAUAAUAAUCCGAUUUGCGAAAAUUUCAUCUUCGCCGUUUCGGGACCCAACAGCAAUCAAUUCAAUAACGUAGGGUUUCAAGAAAAAUCAUUUCUAAAAUUAUUUUUCAGUCAAGAAUUGGAAUAUACCUUGCACAUAACCCGGCUGGUACUUCUUCAAGAAAUAUGCUUCAUUUUGCACAAAUGGUGAAAACUCGCAGAAUGGCAAGAUUUGAUCAAGGUCGAGAUUUGAAUUUGAAAUAUUAUGGACAUGUAAGCUCUUUGUGGAUAGGGUUAUUAUAACUGUUUUGUUUUUUUUUAGGUAAUUCCUCCUGAAUAUGAUCUUCGAAAAAUCAACUCAUCAAUUUACUUGUUUUAUUCGGAUCUUGAUUGGCUCGCAAAUUCGAAUGAUGUUGAAGGUUAUCUUAUUCCAAUGCUCCCGAAAAACAGUUUGAAAAAAUCGACGUAAGAGUUUUCUUAUUUGUCAAAAAAUUCCUCAUUGUUUUUUUGCUCCAGAAAACUGAAAGACUUCAACCACAACGAUUUUCUUUGGGGAAUGCGUGCUCGUGCCGAAAUAUAUGAAAAAAUUAUCGACACAAUUACUCUUGAUCAGCGAAAAAUCAAAUUGCAAGAUGGGGUUCAGAAAUAUUUUGAUAGUGAGUGCGAUUUGGCGAUGAUAAGCGUCUUAACACAUAUUUUUAGGUCUCCCUACGAGUUUUCCGUCGAAUUUGAGCGAUACAUUGUUGCAAACGGUCAGAAAUGAGACGAUGGAAUUUGAAUUGGACUAG